AUGUCAACUGGAACAACAACAUGCAGUCAUUUGGCAAGAGCAAAGAGUGCAGCCAGUCUGAUAGACAAGAUGAAACAAGAGCAGUCCAAGCUGGAAGAGCAAUUGGCUAUUGAUUACAUUAAUAAGACCUUAAAUCUAUCUAUUCAACCUGGAGAAUUACAAAAAGAACUAAAGGAUGGUGUUGUCUUGUGCAACCUUGUUAAUCAACUUAGACCAGGCACAAUAAAAACUGUUGGGCAAAAGAAGGACUUUUCGUUCAUUCAGGCAAGUAUCGAAACAAGAAUUCCCUUUUUGUGUGAUUAA